AUGGCCUGGCCAAACCCCUUCCGCCGGCAUACUGAACGGACCAGAACAUGUUGGGGCUACACCUUCGACUUGACCGAUGACCAUCUCACCCUGGAGCAAACCGAGCCACUGAAAUUCUCCUACGAUGUUCUUGCGGAAGAGUGCCUCAUCCGACUAAACGAAAUAUCGCCACCACCAGACAAGGCGCUACCCAGGAACAACGGCGCGUACGCCGGCCGCAAGGAUGACCCAGAAAAUAAGGACGUAGAACAGAGACGAGACCUCUAUGAACUGCUUCGAGAUCAUGCGCCCGAGGACGAGAAGCUGGGAGAGCUGUGGCGAGAGGUCAACACCAUACCAGACUGGGUAGACUGGGAUCAGAUAGCGAGAGGCCAGGAUGUCUUUUACCGGUACGGAGGCGCCAAUAUCACGGGGUUGGCGUACCAAAGUCUGCUGGGCGGCAUGGGCGCGGCGAGAGUCGUGGAGACGCUGGCGCGAACAGGGGGGUUCUCCACCAAAGUCGCACGUCGGAGGCUGUUCGAGACGACGCAACACAUCCUGCAAUGCACCAAAUCGUUGGAAUCUAUACAGCCGGGCGGAGCGGGCUUUGCUUCCUCCAUCCGCGUUCGACUUCUCCAUGCCGCCGUACGGUUACGCAUCAUGACCCUAGCAAAGCAACGACCAGGCUACUACAAAGUCGAAGAGUGGGGCAUACCUAUCAACGACCUCGACUCUAUCGCCACGAUAGGCACGUUUUCUGCAACCCUGAUCUGGCUCAGUCUCCCUCGCCAGGGCAUCUUCCUCCGACAGCAAGAAAUCGUAGACUACGUCGCGUUAUGGCGCUAUAUAGGAUACCUAGUCGGCUGCCCAACAGACUUCUUCUCAACACCCGCCAAGGCCAAAGCGGUCAUGGAGACCCUCCUCCUCCACGAGAUUAAGCCAACCGAGACCUCGAAGAUCCUAGCCAAUAACAUCAUCAAAAGUCUUGAGGCACAGCCGCCCACUUACGCAACUGCAGACAUGCUCAUCGCUUCCGCUCGCUGGCUAAACGGCAACGAGCUAUCCGACCAACUUGGCCUUGCUCGUCCGGGCAUCUAUUACUGGUCCCUGAUGGCGGGCCAGUGCGUCUUCUUCAUGACGAUGUGCUAUGCCUACCGGCCGUUUCCAUCUCUUGAGAAGCGGAAAGUCGAGACGUUGAAGAAGAUCUUCUACUCGCUCAUCGUAGAUAGCAAGUAUGGGCUGGAGGGCAAGGAAACGUUAUUCGAGUUCAAGUAUGUGCCGCAGUUCUCCACAAUCACGGAGAUGGCGGAAGGCGACGAAGCGAAGUUGAGGCACACGGGCAUUGAGAGGAGAAAUCUGAAGUGGCUGUUGUUGGCGGGUGGGUUUGUAGGUGCAGCCACGUACUGUACACUGAAGGUCACGGGGGUGGUGGUUAGGUAUAUCUGGAGUGGGGCGAUCUGGAGGUAG